UUUUCUUUCACAGUAAUUCAGUGAGUUGCAGAGAGAGAGCACAGUCAACAGAGCUGCAGGAUGGCUCAUCAGCAGAACGGACUGUUUCCUCAAUCACUGCUCAAAGCUUUCAGUGUUCUGAUCUUCCACAUUCUCCUAAAGGAUGUCUGCAAUGGUCAGCCUCAGUUGAUUGGUCUAUCUCAGGUCCUGGUGGCAAGAGCUGGUGAUGAUGUAAUUUUGCCAUGUCAUCUGGAACCUGCAUACGAUGUUUCUGCAAAGACACUGGAGUGGACAAGAUCUUCCCUUGACCCUAGAUUUGUCUACGUUUCACGUGCCAGUCAGGAACUCGAAAAAUUAAAAAAUCCUUCUUUCAAAGGAAGGACGUCAUUGUUUGUUGAUGAACUCAAGUAUGGAAAUAUUUCACUGAAAAUCUCCAAAGUGAAAUUUACCGAUACAGGGACAUACAAAUGCUAUAUUCCAGAUUUGGAAAAAGAAGCUUUAGUCGAGCUAGUUGUUGCAUCAGAUGCUGCCACCUCACCUAUCAUCAGUUUAUCAGGGAUUGACAAAAACAGAGGAGGAGUGGUGUUACAGUGUGAGUCUGCAGGCUGGUAUCCAGAGCCUGAGCUGCUGUGGUUGGACGGUGAGGGAAACCUCCUCUCUGCUGGACCUACAGAGACCCUCAGAGGUCCUGAUGACCUCUAUACUGUCAGCAGCAGAGUGACUGUGGAGAAGAGACACAGCAACAACAUCACCUGCAGAGUCCAACAGAAGCAAAUCAGCAAAAGCAGAGAGACACACAGACAUGUUCCAGAGGAUUUCUUUGAGAUCCCGUCCAGUUCUUCCUCUGUCAUCAUCGUUUUGGCUGUUAGUUUGGCUCUUUGCAUCAUGUUGUUAAUUUUAUCAGCUGUUGUUCUUUUAUGUAGAAAGAGGAAAAGCUUGAUGAACACCAACAGAAGGACAAGAGAUCACCCUGGUGGGGGAGAUGCUGAGGAUCCUCUGAUGACAACAGAGGCAGAGAAACAAAAUACGAGUAGCUCAUCUACCAAAACUAAGAAGCAGACUUCAUACGUGAGUAGAUGAACAUGAAUAAGUUAA